AUGGACUCGCCUCCUGCGCGGCUGCAGGAUGCAGCGGGUGAGCCCACGCUGCCAGCCGCCAGCUCCAACGUGCCCGGCUCGGCCUCGAAUUCAACAUUGAACUCGUCGUCUGCCAACGCGUCUGGCACCAAGAGACCUGCCCCGGCUCUGCUGCCGCCGUUUGAACCGCUCUCGUCCUCCCCGGGCCUACCGCGUCCCGUCAAGCGCCAAAAUACGGGCAGCUCUGGCGCGCAUAAAUACCCAACUCCUGUGCCGACGUCAAGCACGGGCAUUCUUUCAAGCUCGCCCCUUCGACGCCCUGCGAGCUUCCUUCGCCGGAAAGCUUCAGAUGGCGUCGUCGUUGACAGUGCCGACGCCUCACCGUCGGAGCGCGCCCACCACCACCACCAGCACCGCGCCCCCCUCUCCGCCGUGCCCGCCGUUGAGCUUCCAGAGAACGGCGAGGCCGUGGCCAUGGGCCGAUCCAGCAACUCGUCGCAGUUCCAGCUGUCUGCCAACCGCCUCGUCUCGCGUGUCCACCUCACGGCUCGGUAUGUCGCCGCGGCAAAUCCCCUGCAGGCGAACCGCCUCGAGAUCCUCUGCACCGGUUGGAACGGGCUCAAGCUUCACUGCCAGGGCCGCACGUGGGAGCUGUUCAAGGACGAUAGCUUCACUAGCGAGACCGAGGGCACCGACGUCCUUGUCGACGUGUUGGACGCGCGCGUCAUGAUCCAGUGGCCCAAGCGGAGGGUCGCCCUAGCCGAUACCGCGGCUAACCUCUCCGACUCGAGCUGGGACGACUCGCCGCCGAGGUCUCGUCAUGCCCGGGCAAACUCGCUGCUGCAGUCUUCCCCCCUUCGUCGAACUACGCGCAUCGCGUCCCCCGAGAGCCCGACCCCGACUGGCACGAGCGGCCAUCUGACGAGCUCGCAGCGCCUGCAGGGCUUGCUGCCGACGGGCAGUCGCGAAAGGGCAGCAGCGGAGGAGCAGGUCAGCAUCGAGAUUUACGAAGAUGAACCGGAGCUACCUGAGCCCAGGGGCGAGGCCGUCGUGGACGCUGGCGCGAGCAUGCAGACGGAAGCCACCAAUAGCUUCUCAAGCGAUCUUAGCGACCCUGAAGAUGAUGAGCACGACCCGGAUGAAGAGAACGACCCCAUUGUGCACUCCUUUGGGCCCUUUGGCGCAGACAUCUCUGGCAGACUGGCUUCGAUAACGACGAAGUCCCCCAAGGUCAGCAGAUUGGCGGCGGCACCGCGACUUCGCCCAGGCAGCAACGCAAGUGCAUCGUCUGGCGAGACGCUCAGCUCCAUUGGCGAGAGUCUGCAGGCACCGUCGCUGCCAGGCUCGCCCAUCAAGAAACGCUCGGUGCCGCCCAUGAAAACGUUCCGAGCUGGCGAGAUCCCAUGCUCACCCACCCCCAAGGUCAAGCACGAGACGGAAGAUGCGGCAGUUGAUGCUUUGCCAUCUGUCGAGGAGCUCGAUCCGAGCAUCGUCAACCACGUCAUCAACCAGCUGGCCUUCUCGCGGCUCUCGUCCACACCCCUCUCCACCAUCAUGCAGAACCUCCCCGCCGAGGCCAAGACCGACCCGAGCCUCACGCCCAACCUGCUGCGCACGGCCAUCGAGGCGACGCCCUGCGUGGGUAUCAUCCGCCGCCAGGGUAAGGACGCUGCCGGCAAGGCACUCGAGAGCGAGUACUACUACGUACCCGAGCACGAUGGCGACGAGCAGCGGCGGGCGGCUGUGGUGGACGGGCUGCGCAAGCCGAGCCUGCGAAACUGCAGGAAGCAGCACAAACAAUAUUACUGGAAGCGUCCGCGCACUCCUUGA